UUUUUUCAACUGUUUUCCCCUUUUCUUCUCUCGCACACCGCGCGAGCACGCACAAAUUCACAACACAACCGAUAUACAACCAUCGACCCACAUUCCCAAUUCAAACGUUUUGCUGGGUGCUCGCAGGAUCCCAUCCCAUCCUGGGUCCGAGCAGUGACAGGUCGUCCAAGCAGCCUAGGGUCAUAGCUGCAUAGACCCUCGCUCGUGAUACGAACCGCCAGUCCCGACCCCUCGGCAUCGUCAUAUUUCCUGGGUCUGUCCUUUUUUCGCGAAAAGCCGGUCGGUCACCGCCAAACGUUUGUCCCAACAUGGCCAGCGCAUUCAUGACUCAAUUGCAGCCAUGGGAGGAGAACCAAUCUCCUUCUCCCAAGGACGAGAUUGCAAACCCUUACGAGCUAGGUUUAUCUCGUUCGAGAUCUUCGGGUCUGUCUCGAUCCCCUCCGUCUCCUAUCGCGUCUGUCAAUCUCGCACGACAAUUGUCCGGGGAAGUGAACGCUUCACCUCCUCCGUGGACGAGGAGACCUUCCAUGUCAAAUAACAAACCCGCACGUUCACCCAGUACCGUCUCCAAACGAUCACAACAGGUGGAUCAUUCUCAAUCGCCCGUCUCUGUCCCUCCCGUUCCAACGACCUUGCAAACAUCGCCUCCUCCACCACCACCACCCGCCGCCGUCCAACCGGCGUCCCUUUCUCCUCAGCAACUGGCCCCUCCUCCAUCUCGUCGGCACCCUGGACUCGCCAUGACACCGUCCAUGAGCGAUUCACCGUCGGGAUCUUCAGCAUCUUUGAAUGUGGACGAUCUGGGUCUACCGAACCCCGCUUUCCGUCGACGUCCAGGAUCCAAUCGAUCCUCCAUGAGUCAAUCCAGUCUGACCAGUGAAGAGCUCUGGGCGUUGGAAUCCCAGUCCAAUGGUCCUGCGGAUCUGAGUAAUCCCAUGCGACAAUCAUCAGAGAGACCACUCGAUACGAUCAGGAGAAUGAGCAGGUAUAUGGACAGGCAGUAUACCACGGCCAUGCCUGGAGACGUGAUCUGGCCAUCGGCUCCGCCGAUAGAGGAGGUCUACACCCCUCCCAUCAAGUCCAAGUCAUCCACAAGCAUCGUCAGUCUAGGCAAUAGUAAACGUGGGACACGCCGACGAGCAUCUCGUCAAGCGUCGCAGACAAACACGCCUGGAUUUGAGGGUCCCAAAUCUACCCCAGCCUCACCUGCAGAUUACGUCUCUCACUCUGCUCGUUCAUCCUCUACGUCUCUCGCGUCUCAGAAUGUCAAGGCUCAUUCGGCUUUUAUGAAGACUCCUCCCGUCUCCUACUACUCUCGCGAUUACAUGUCAAGUUUGGCACCCAGGGAAGGCGGAUAUGCAGUAGCUGCUCAGCUGGCCAGCGCAAUGUCAUCGCCUACCGACGAGGUGACUCGUCAACCGAUCUCUCGAGCAUCUUCCAGACACGCACCUUUGGCUCCGAGCAGCGGCAUGGGCAGGUGGUCCCUCGACGGAGGAGAGAACUUUGGCCGCCCUUAUGCCAUGGCUUCCGCUGCGACUACGUCGACCAGCUUUUCCGGUUCUCAACCCAUCUCCCCGGAAGAUUCGCCUCCUUCCGAUAUCCACACGUCGCCCCCGCCCCUACCAACAGGUGCUGCUGCGCCAGCUACUUCCACCUCGCCGACACCUAUCGACACGUCUCCUACCAUCGUCGCUCAAUCCAACACUGUACCGGUCCACCCAUCUCCCCUCAAAGUCAGCACGGCUAGCCCCGAGCCUGCAGAUGCCAGUACAGAUACCACGCCGACCACGACGGCGAACCCUACACCGACUGCGACGAAACCGUCUGGAGGCGGCUUUUUGGGUGCAAUAGGGUUCAGGAAGAGCAUGAAGAAUCUCAACAAGGCGUCCAGCAAGGAUGACAAGGCUCUUGCUGCGAAAGUGAAUCAACAGAGAGCCCAAGCGGCCAGUGAGGCAUCUGCAAAGAAGGCGGCAGAAGGCAAAGCGGCCGCAGAGCGCAAAGCGGCCGCAGAGAGCAAAGCAGCUGAGGAGAGCAAAGCUGCCGCAGAGCGUAAAGCAGCUGCAGAGGCGGCCGCCAGAGAUGCAAGAAGAAGCUCGGCGAAAAGAAUUGGCGGAGCAGGAACUAAAGAAGAAGGAGAUGGCUGCGAAGGAAGAGGCCAAGCGGAAAGAGGAGUCGGCUUUGGCAGAGACGAAGAGGAAAGAACAGGCCGCGAGGGAAGCGGCGUUGGAGAAAGAAGCGGCGGCGAAGCGGAAGGAAGCUGCUGAGAAGGAGGCGCAGAGGAAGAAGGAGGCGGCUGAGAAGGAGGUACAGAGGAAGAAGGAGGCGGCGGAGAAGG